CAUUUCUAGUUUAAUGUCAAUAACAACCAACGGUACUUUUGCCCCAAUUCCACAAAACCCAUCGAAAUGGCCAGUGUGUGGACAUUCAUUUCAGUAUGAUUUCUUUGAGAGGUGUAAUUUUUUUGAUUGUGUGUUCUGGAUGGGCAAGUUCUUCUCCUCACAAAUACGAAAAAGGACUCUUUGGAUUUCUGUUUUCCCCCUGUCAGUGCAAAUGCGGCAUCAAGAAUCUCGAAGCAAGAUUUCUGGGCGGGGAGUACACAAAAGGUCAUGAAUUUCCAUGGUUGGCUAUGAUACAGAUCAAAGGUUUUGCAGCAACUACAGCAACUCUAAUAAACAGCCGCUAUGUUAUAACAGCAGCUUCGGAACUUAUUGGAUUGACUCCUUACGACAUCAAAAUCACUUUUGGACAAUACGAUAGGUGUUUUCCUGAUGUCUCUUCAACUAAUGUUAGUGUUGAAAAAAUUCUUAUUCACCCAGAUUUCAAUCCCAGUAGUCGCGCGCACAAUAUAGCACUAAUCAAAACUACAGGCCCAAUUUUAUUCGAGAGAAGGAUAUCUCCCAUUUGUUUGGGAUUCCCAGGUACCAAGUAUCUAGGUCAAGUAGCCACCGUAGCAGGAUGGGAUCAAUCGAAAAGUCCUCAAGAGACAACUUCACCUUCGUGCCGCCCUAAAAAAGUUGGUUUACCCGUCUUAGGAGCUUCUGAAUGUUUAUUGAGCAGCAAAGAACAGAAUCCAGGUGAUGAUAAGGGUUGCCUUGGAAUUUUGGGUGCUCCAAGUAUCGUUUGUGAGGGGGACGCAGGAAGUCCAGUGAUGUAUCGAUCGUACGACGGAGUAUACGAGCUUAUAGGAAUUAUGACCGACACCAAUGAUUGUAGUUCCAAACCCAGCACAGCAUUCUACACUAGAAUAGAUGAACACUUAUCGUGGAUAACAAAAAGCACCAAAGAAGGAUGUUAUUGCUUGAAAAUUUGAUUGAGAAGAAUUAUAAAAUGAGAUGAUAGGAACAAUAUUAAAAUCAUGAACUUCAAAUUAUUUAAUCAUAAUCAUAUUACAGUAGAAUAAACUUUUUUUUCUGGAGAAAAUUGAAAGAAUCUUUCAAAAAAUGGAAUGAAAACUAAAUUUCAAUGCAAUUAUUCACAAUCAUCUUAAAUGAUUAAACAAUUAAAAACCCUGUUGGUACUGUUUUGACUCCAUCCUCUGUUGUAUGAUCUCCAAUUGUCGUUUGGCUUCGCAUUGAGGGAAGUUGUUCAAAUCGUAGUAUUGUGGAGCAAUCU